GGAAGACCUGCUAGCCACUCCCAUCGUAGUCGGCAACAAUGCCUCGGCGACCGUGGAGCUGCUGGCAUGUUUCCAUGACGACGACGCCUUCAAGUACCGCGCCUACACCUUCACCUAUCUGCUGCUGUUUCCUGUGGCGUUCCUCUGCAACAUCGGGGCACUGGCGGUCUUCUUCCAGCAGAGCAGCCGCAGGAACUCCGCCUCCUGUGUGGUCAUGAUGAACCUCGCCCUAUCAGAUGGCAGCUUCUCCCUCACCCUCCCACUGCGACUGGCCUACUAUUUCAAGGGAGGAGUGUGGACGUUUCCUGAUUGGCUGUGCCGACUGUGUGUGUACGGCUUCUACGUCAACCUGUACACCAGCAUCCUCUUCCUCACUCUACUGAGCAUGCUCCGUUGGCUCGCUGUGGCCCAGCCUCUAAAACACCGAACUCUGGCCACGCCCACUCGAACUGUACUGGUCUGCCUGGGGGUCUGGCUGUUUGUGGGCAUGUCCUCCGCCCCCUUUUUGUCCAAUGGCGUGACAAACAGGGCGGGGUCUCCUCGCUGCUUCGAGCCCUCUAACCCCUCCUCUUGGGAACGGGUCCUGAUUCUGAACUACGUGGGGUUGGCUCUCGGCUUCCUCAUUCCCUUCCUCACCAUCAUCAUUUGCUACAGCAGACUCAUCCGCCACCUGACGGCCCGCUCCGGCCCCCACGGCAGCAGCCUGUCCAGCAACGACGGCGUUCUCCGCUGGAACUGUGACGUCACAGUGGCGCUGCAGCGGGCGGCGGUGGUGACCCUGUGUCUGGCGGCGUCAAACAGUGUGGUCAACCCCCUGCUGUAUUACUACUCCACCAGGACGUUCAGAGACAGCAUGAGGGAUGCUCAGUCCUCUCUACUAUCCAGCAGGGCAGGAUCCUCCAGGCCCACGCAGGCCCUGAUGAGGAGGAGGAGGAACACCACCAGUUUUUAA